CGGCUGCCGCGCGCCUCACUGCGCAGCCCGCCGCUGGGGGCUCGGCUCCCGCAACUUCGGGUGGAGCGGCGCGGGUGCGGGUGCCCUCGGAGGGCCGCUCGGUACCGGGCUUCCGGGGAUCGGGGAGCGUCGGGGGCCCGAGAGGGCGCGGUCGGGGAGGAGACGAUGCCCCAGCCUGGAUCAGCGGCGCACUAGGUCUGGGCGGCGGGCCGGGUGCCCUGUGGCAGGCGGGCUGGGGUGCGUCCUCCCGGGAGAGCACUCCGUGAUGGCCCCGCCGCGGGGCUGAGGCUGCGACCCCAACACCCCCUCGCGCCCUCGCCAUGCAGAAAAGCGUGCGCUACAACGAGGGGCACGCCCUGUACCUGGCCUUCCUGGCGCGCAAGGAGGGCACCAAGCGCGGCUUCCUGAGCAAGAAGGCGGCCGAGGCGAGCCGCUGGCACGAGAAGUGGUUCGCUCUCUACCAGAAUGUGCUCUUUUACUUCGAGGGCGAGCAGAGCGGCCGCCCGGCGGGCAUGUACCUCCUGGAGGGCUGCAGCUGCGAGCGGACGCCCGCACCACCCAGGACCAGCGCGGGACCUGCAGGCGCCCGGGACGCGCUGGACAAGCAGUAUUACUUCACUGUUCUUUUUGGGCACGAAGGCCAGAAACCUCUGGAGCUGCGCUGUGAGGAGGAGCAGGCCGGGAAAGAGUGGAUGGAAGCCAUCCACCAAGCCAGUUAUGCGGACAUUUUGAUUGAAAGGGAAGUGCUAAUGCAGAAGUACAUUCAUCUAGUUCAGAUCGUGGAGACAGAAAAAAUUGCUGCUAACCAACUUCGACACCAGCUGGAAGAUCAAGACACCGAAAUCGAAAGGCUUAAAUCAGAGAUUGUUGCUCUUAAUAAAACCAAGGAACGGAUGCGCCCUUACCACAGCCAUCAGGAGGAUGAGGAUCCAGACAUCAAGAAGAUUAAAAAGGUUCAGAGCUUCAUGCGAGGAUGGCUGUGCAGGAGGAAGUGGAAGACCAUCGUGCAGGACUACAUUUGUUCUCCCCAUGCUGAGAGCAUGAGGAAGAGAAACCAGAUCGUGUUCACCAUGGUGGAAGCCGAGACAGAGUACGUGCACCAGCUCUACAUCCUGGUGAAUGGUUUCCUCCGGCCCCUGCGGAUGGCGGCCAGCUCCAAGAAGCCCCCCAUUAGCCAUGAUGAUGUCAGCAGCAUUUUUCUCAACAGUGAAACAAUCAUGUUCCUUCAUGAAAUAUUCCAUCAAGGACUAAAGGCGAGGCUGGCCAAUUGGCCUACUUUGGUUUUAGCUGAUCUGUUUGAUAUUUUGCUGCCCAUGCUGAACAUUUAUCAAGAAUUUGUGCGUAAUCACCAGUACAGCCUCCAAGUACUUGCCAACUGUAAACAAAACAGAGAUUUUGACAAGCUCUUAAAACAGUAUGAAGCCAAUCCUGCCUGUGAGGGGAGGAUGCUGGAGACGUUCUUGACCUACCCAAUGUUUCAGAUCCCCAGGUAUAUCAUCACGCUGCAUGAACUCCUGGCUCAUACCCCCCAUGAACAUGUGGAGAGGAAAAGUCUGGAGUUUGCUAAGUCAAAGCUGGAAGAACUGUCCAGAGUGAUGCAUGACGAAGUGAGCGACACUGAAAACAUAAGGAAAAACCUCGCCAUCGAAAGGAUGAUAGUGGAGGGGUGUGACAUUCUGCUGGACACUAGCCAGACUUUCAUCCGCCAAGGGGCCAUGAGAAACAGCAACACAAUAAUAGUAAAGCAGGAGAGGGCAGUAAAUUACACUCUGGCUGGACUCUCCUCCUCAGUGGACCGGACAUGCUCUACAGCUCCGAGGAGGACAGGUUCUCUCAUUCAAGUACCUUCCGUCGAGAGGGGGAAGCUUAGUAAAGUCCGCCUGGGCUCACUGUCUUUGAAAAAGGAAGGCGAGAGACAGUGCUUCUUGUUUACAAAACACUUUCUGAUUUGUACAAGGAGUUCGGGAGGAAAGCUGCAUCUGCUCAAGACAGGUGGAGUCCUCUCCCUCAUACAAUGCACAUUGAUUGAGGAGCCCGACGCAAGUGAUGAUGACCCCAAAGGUUCUGGCCACAUGUUUGGACAUCUGGAUUUUAAAAUCGUAGUGGAGCCUCCUGAUGCUGCCCCUUUCACUGUGGUCUUGUUAGCACCUUCACGCCAGGAGAAAGCUGCAUGGAUGAGCGACAUCAGUCAGUGUGUGGACAAUAUACGAUGUAACGGUUUAAUGACUAUAGUCUUCGAAGAGAAUUCCAAAGUUACUGUGCCACAUAUGAUUAAGUCUGAUGCCCGUCUUCAUAAAGACGACACUGACAUCUGUUUCAGUAAAACGCUCAAUUCCUGCAAAGUGCCCCAGAUCCGCUACGCCAGCGUGGAGCGCCUCCUGGAGCGGUUGACCGACCUGCGGUUUUUGAGCAUUGACUUCCUCAACACCUUCCUGCACACCUACCGCAUUUUCACCACGGCCACCGUGGUGCUGGCCAAGCUCUCGGACAUCUACAAGAGGCCUUUCACCUCCAUCCCGGUCAGGUCAUUAGAGUUGUUUUUUGCCACGAGCCCCAACAACAGAGGCGAACAUAUGGUGGAUGGGAAAUCCCCACGUCUCUGUCGAAAGUUCUCCUCCCCACCUCCCCUGGCUGUGUCCAGAACAUCCUCUCCAGUGAGGGCCAGGAAGCUGUCCUUGACGUCUUCCUUGAACGCAAGGAUCGGAGCCUUGGACCUGACCACAUCUUCGUGUUCUAGCAGCCCCACCACCCACAGUCCUACAGCAUCCCCACCACCUCACACUGCAGCUGUCCUGGAGUCUUCGCCAGCCCACCCAGCAGGGGACUCCACAGAACCGUCACCUUGCAGGUCCCCCUCAACUCCCCGGCACCGCCGAUAUCGCCAGCCUGGAGGACAGGCAGCUGACAGUAGCCACUGCUCUGUGUCACCUGCUUCUGCUUUCGCAAUUGCCACGGCUGCAGCAGGACACGGGAGUCCACCAGGGUUUAACAAUACUGAGAGAACAUGUGACAAGGAGUUUAUCAUACGGAGAACAGCCACCAAUCGAGUCCUGAAUGUCCUCCGUCACUGGGUCUCCAAGCAUGCACAGGAUUUUGAACUCAACAAUGAACUUAAAAUGAACGUUCUAAACUUGCUAGAAGAAGUUCUACGAGACCCAGACCUUCUUCCUCAAGAAAAGAAAGCCACGGCAAACAUCCUGAGGGCUCUUUCACAAGAUGAUCAAGAUGACAUUCACCUGAAACUAGAGGAUAUCAUUCAAAUGACAGACUGCCCAAAGGCCGAGUGCUUUGAGACGUUGUCAGCCAUGGAGCUGGCUGAGCAGAUCACUCUCCUGGACCACGUUGUCUUCAGAAGCAUCCCCUACGAAGAGUUUCUCGGGCAGGGCUGGAUGAAGCUGGAUAAAAACGAAAGGACACCUUACAUCAUGAAAACCAGCCAGCACUUCAAUGAAAUGAGUAACCUGGUGGCCUCCCAGAUAAUGAAUUACGCUGAUAUCAGCUCCCGUGCCAACGCCAUUGAGAAGUGGGUUGCAGUAGCGGACAUUUGCCGGUGUCUACACAACUACAAUGGUGUGCUGGAGAUCACCGCGGCCUUAAACAGAAGUGCCAUCUACAGGCUGAAGAAAACCUGGGCCAAGGUGUCCAAGCAGACAAAAGCUCUGAUGGACAAACUUCAGAAGACUGUUUCAUCUGAAGGAAGAUUUAAAAACCUCAGAGAAACUCUUAAAAAGAAUAAGAACCACUCUUCCUGGCCUUGCAGCUGUAAUCCCCCUGCUGUCCCUUACCUCGGGAUGUACUUGACAGACCUGGCCUUCAUUGAAGAAGGAACCCCGAACUUUACAGAAGAAGGCCUUGUCAAUUUCUCCAAAAUGCGAAUGAUAUCACACAUUAUUCGAGAGAUACGUCAGUUCCAGCAGACGGCUUACCGCAUAGACCAGCAGCCAAAGGUCAUACAAUACCUGCUUGACAAAGCCCUCAUCAUAGAUGAAGAUACACUCUAUGAGCUGUCGCUCAAAAUUGAACCUCGACUCCCUGCUUGAAGAUCUGGCCUUGUCCCUGAGAACAUGGGAAUUUCGUGUAAAGUGUGUCACACAGGGCACGGUGGGAACCCAGAGGGACAAUGCCUGCCUCCGUUCACCACUAAAGAUGGAACCAGACUGCAAUUCUGUCUCCAGCCAGAGUGAAACCCAGCUGCAUGGGUCAAGGACAGAUGCUCCAGCCCUGGGUGGGAAGGUGUAAAACUCGAAGCUUAGGGAAGCUGAUGGUACAAUUUGCAUAAGGGAUAAUAAUGUAGGAGAUGCUGGUAACCAUUAUAAUGAAGUGGAAGGAAGGUAAACGUCCCCUGUCCCAUGUUCUGCUAGAACUUGGGAACAAGGUCCCACAGAGAAGACCUAUAAUGUUUUAUGGCAUUCUACUAGCCUGGGCACGCCUCCACCAGUCUUCAACGACUUAAUUGCUUCUAUUACAUUUCCUUUAUGCCAAGCGUCACAGCCAGGAUGACGCUUCCUUUCUAGGCCCGACACAUAAGCAGUUUCAGUAUGCAGCAUGUGCAUGGUUCUCUGUGCAUUCUCCAUGCAUGGGAGGAGUGGCGUGCUCUGAAAAUAGCCUUGCAGCCUUUAGGCAAUGGAACAGGAAUUAAAAGAUUAAAAAAAAAAACAAGUGGAUUUGUUGGUAGCGUUUCCUUAAUUCCAAGUAAGCAGCAUCCCACAGGCUUGAGUGGGGACUUCACUGAGAGAUUGGUCCCAAGAAGCGGCCCCUUUAGAGAGCCACCUGUGAAGGCUGCAGUAAAGUACAUGUCCAUGUCAGUUAACCGACAAAACUGUGGAAUGUGAUAAGAAGGCCACCAAGUGCUAUGGAGAGUAAGGACUUACCCUAAGCAAAAAUGGAGGCCUAAAAAUCACCUCUGUACCUGAUUGCAUUUGUUUUCUUUUCCGUAUAUGACUCUAGAAACCUUUUCUGAUGUAUACCAACUUACUUGGGGUUCAUAUGAACAUUGGCUGUACUUUAAAAACAAACGUUUUGUGGGGUUCUUCUUUUGAAAGCCCACGCUUCCGUCUGCUAUUGGUAGACAGUCCUUCUCCUCUCUCCCAGCCAUCUUUGUUUAAAAAGGGUUUUGAAGAUCCAUUCUGAGUAAGACUAUUCCAAGUGCAUGGGAAAUGGCUGAUCACUCCACAGCUCUUAGAGCAGAAAACCAAACGCAGGGGUUUGCCCUGCACCCCAAGGCUGGGGACGUGACCUCGUGCUCCACACAAUGGUCAGUUGUUCAAGGAAUAGGGCUCUCCUUGAUUACCUCCCUCUCCUAUUCUCAGGGAGACCGCUGCUUUAAAGGGAGGAAGAGAUGACAGUGAUGGAUUAUUAUAUCUUGGGCCUGGCAUGCCUGGCAUUUUCUCUUAGGGGCAUGAUGCUUAUUGACGCUGACCACGAAGAUUGAUCUGCCUGGCCAUUGCCCUUCUUCCUUUGCAUUCUAAUUAUGUGAUAGAGCUAAUAGCUAGCUAAUGCAUUCCACUCACCAGUUCCAGGGGCCCAACGGAAGAGCUAGCAUUGGUUAUGUACCAUAGAACUAGAGAAGGUACAUUUUCUGCACAGUAAGGGUUAUCCCUGUACAUAACUGCAUAGAGAAAUACAAGCUAAGUAAAAAGAAAAUACUUAUAUUAUAUGAACCUCCCUCCAAAAAUCUUUCCACUGGUCCAUUUUAGGCAACAGUGUAGCACUAAGCCCCGCAAGGGCCACUUAGGGAUGCUUUUCCCUCUUUAUUUAUUUAUUUUCUGAGUUACUUGUUUGUUCUCUUCAGUUUCAAAUAAGAGGCUGAUGCAUUAUGACGCAUGACGAAAGCAUGAGCUGUCGGAUCCUAACUGUGCACACCUUGUGACUUACUUCUCGGUGUUCAGAAGCUGAACGUUCAAAUAAUUUGUCACUAACACCAAACACCACACGAUCUUACAGAGGAAAAGAAAAGGUUAGCAUUCCUGAGAGGGCCACAGCAUACUAGUUUCAUGCCACUCACUACUGGGGAAGGAGUACCCACUCCGCCUUCAGCCCCACCCCCUUCCCCACAGCACUCCAUCCCUGCCCUUUAGAGGAUGGCUCUGUGUGCACUUUCCUUGGGAGUUUGGGCUCCUGCUUCUCCAAUGUUAUAUUGCAGAGGCCAGUGCAGUCAUUCUUAUUAAAAUAAGAGGAAUUUCUAAUGCCCCUCUGCUGUUGAAAUGCAGCUUUUCCUCAGCAAGUGAUGACGCUUUUGAGCCUGUUUUCAGUAGACAGUUGGAAGCGCCCCCGCUGGUCAUUUGUGGGAACUGCCAUUGCUUUGCUCAGAUUGUCUGGCUUGUUAGAGCUUUAAAGAGACUCUGAUCGUUCAUCGGUCAGCCAAGGCAGGGAUGCACAUUUAAAAACAAAACGCCUCAGCUUGGUCCUGUUUAAGAUUCACCAGAGCAAUCUGUGAUUCCUCUUCUGAUUGUUGAAGCCCCGGUCCUUUGAAGCUUUAUAUGUAUUUGUGGGGUACAACACAUGCACUCUGUCUGUGUCUGCCAACUCUAUGAGAUGUUCCUAAGAGCACAUGGGAGGCCACCUUCAAAAGGUCAAGUAGUGAACAUGUGUACUGCAAAGUUAACAGGAAAUCAAACCGAUUUCAUGCUUUCAAAUGAGCACAACAUUUUGUCCUGCGGGUGGAAUUACCUUGAGGGCUUCGGGGGAUGCCUAACGAAGACAUCCACUCUUUCUACAGAAACAAAUCUCUUACCGAAGCCAGCACAUGUGACAGGUUCAGCAUGAAGUAUAAUGCUGUUGCUUUUCUUCUGCAGUUCCCCCGAGGAGUUUAAAGAGGGAUUUUAAAGUGCUGUGGUAAUCUUUCAGAGUGGCUCUAACAGCCUUCUUUACUGUGUGUUUAUUGGUGCAUCUCAAAGUCCCACAUGUAAACAAAUGAAACUCAUGAGAGAGAAAAGCCACUGUAAACCAUGUGAUGUGACCAUGGGCCUUCCCCUCUUCUCUCAUGUUAGGAGAGACAAGACUGUAGGCCACCAGUGACUGCAUCUGGCCUGAAGAGGAAUGCAAUAAAGGGGUCACUCCUAAAAUGCUCAGCUUUCACAUUUUAAAAAGGGAUUUUACUUAGCUUUUCUUUUCAAUAGUUAAUGUUAUUCCCCCAUGAAAAGAUCUCUUGUUUUAAAUAUGUUUCUUUUAAAUCUCAACUUGCACAAUUUAUCAUUUUUACUACUGUUGAGAUGGCAUAAAAGAUAAUAUCCUAUUUUUAGCCAGGCUGAUGUCCACAGCUGGAGGAAAUUAAUGAACGGAACUCCUUUUCAUUUCUGUGAGAAAUAGGAUUGUAAGUUUAGUGACCUGUUUAAAGACAUCACUACGUGAUUCCUGGAAUAAGGCUGUGGUCGGUGGUCUGUAGCCAGCAUCCUUGCAGAGGCCGCUGUUAGCUUACACUGGGUCAGAGCAGUAGACAGGGACCUUUUGUUAUAGGGACAGACACAGGAGUGACCUAGCCGUUUCCAUCUCAGCCGCCUCGGGCCAUGAUGUUAAGAUUAGGAUUGACCGUUCUGGAUCGGACCUGCUCAAAUAACCCCCUUCCUUCACAAGGUCGAACCACUGUCUUUCCACAACCCAUUUCAGUCUUCACCAAAAAGCUGGUUCUGAAGGCACACUGGACCAGACCUGAGACUCAGCCUAGCUCUGCAUCGUCCAGCCGAAGAAACUUAGGCCAGUGUUUACACCUCUGCGUCUCAGUUUCCUCAUCUAUACAAUGGGAUUAAUCAUAAUUCCUGUGCUGUCUACCUCACUGGGCUGUCCUGAGGACCAAAGGGGUCAGAAUGUAAACUUUAAAGUGCUGUACAAUUGUGAGGCAACUGAUUAGCAGUCUCAGCUCUAUUUUACAGAGGAAUUAAAUGUACUUAUUAUUUGUAUGUAUGUGCGUGUUUGUGUGUACAAACACAUGUGUUAGUCAGAGAAACACACUGUGUCUGGUUACUUUGUACAUCUGCUGUCAUUUGUAACUCUAAUGAGGGAUUUGUGCUGUGGCCUGGCACUUGCCAAGUGAGGCGUAGGUUAUGCCGACAUGCAAAUUAAACUUCGCCUUUCUUCAGUA